AUGGUUUCGCGACUGCUAUUGCUAUUCCCAACGCUCUUAGCAGCCAUUGGAGCUGAAAAUAUGGUGUGUUCGAAAUUUGGAUACAAUUGGGCUGCUGAAAUUCGCUGUCUUCGAGCUUUACUCUCACAAUGUACACGGUCACCUAAUGUAAGAGAAGCACGAAAAGUUCUUCACCAUUGGAAUGAGCAUCCGAACAAUUUCAUAUCCAUAGAUGGUCGAGCUAUCCAUUUCCCAAUGACUCAACCAACAUCUACUAUUUCCAGCACGACAACAUCACCCCUUCCGACAAGAGAACUCCCGGAUAUCGAACAGCUCACCUCAAAUCUGACGGAAAAUUUUGAGAAAAAACUUCGUGAUUUGAAAGAAGCUUUGCAGACAGAGGUUCUUGAGAAAAUAGUGGACCUUCAGGCGCGCUUCGAAAACGAUCUGGAGAUUUAUGAGAGCAGAACGGAUCGAAAAGUGAAUGAUCUGCGACGCAAGCACGAGGUGGAAGUGAGAAAACUGACGAAAAGUCUCGAACUUCUUGGUGCCAGGAUCCAUCGAUACAACAACAAUGAGUACAUUUUUAUGCAGGCUAGAAAAUCGUGGUACGAAGCAGAAGAAGACUGCAUUGUUUGGGGAGGACACCUCGUUUCAAUCAAAGAUGAAAAGGAAAAUGCCUUCGUACAAGGAAUUCUGAGAGCUGCCUCUGCCUGGAUUGGCGUCAACGAUGUUCAAGUGGAAAACAUUUUUGUAAACUCUGAUCAGACACCGGUUAAUUACAGAAACUUUGCGGAAGGAGAGCCGGACAACGCAAGUCACAAUGAAAACUGCGUCGAGAUCAAGGCUUCCGGAAAAUGGGCUGAUGCUUUUUGUCUUGUCACAAAGCCUUUCAUAUGCAAACGAUAA